AUGUAUUGGCAAGCCAUUCACCUAGUACACAUUGCACAUACACUACACAUGCAGUGUAGUGCAGUCUAUACAUGGCGACUCGUCACCAAAAGCAUGCCAUUGCCAUUACCCCGGCUGGCGUCAUGGCGAGCCCGGCCUCUGGCCAACCAAUGGCCAGGCAUGCCGCACGGCGCCACACGCACGCGGUCAUUGCCGCAUUCGUUUUCGCAUGGCUGGUGGUGCGGCCAGAUUCAUUUCCCUUGUAUUUGCGAGCUGAGCUAUGCUGGUCGGGCGCCAAGCCGUCGUGGGUCGUUAUCUUCGCUUGCUAACUCUAUUCAGCCCUCCAGCCUGCGCCUCGAGCAUCGGUGCCGUAUCUGA